AUGAGCCCCAAGGAGACCAAAACCGCGACCGUCCUCGAGACAAUUCCCGAGACCGCCCCUGAGGACUCUGCCCCCCAGCGCCCCGUCCGAAAGAAACUCUCAGACUCAAAGCCCUCAAAUCCCUCGCCCGAGAAGCCCUCCUCCGAGAAGAAGAAGCCGGCCGCCCGCAAGGCUGUCCCCAAGAAGACCACCACCACCGCCUCCCGCAAGCCCAAGCCCGCCUGCAAAAAGCCCAUCAUGGGACCCGGCCGACCCAAGGGAAACAAGAACAAAUCGUUCAAGAAGAACAAGCCCCCCGCGAAGCGCAACAAGAACGCCAAGCGCACCACAGCCCACGACCUCCUCGCCGCCAUCCAGAACGACAAGAUUCCCACCAACGCGCAGAUCAAGGCCGACUACGGCUUCUCGCGCUGCUACAUCACCCUCGACCAGAGCAAGCUCUACAAUGUUUACCGCACCGUCCUCGAGGACUUUGAGGUCAAGCCCCAGGAGCUUUACGAGUGGCUUCACCACGAGGAUGGUCUGAAAAAUGUUGCCGCGGAGAUCAAGGCCAAGUUUGAGGUGCUGUUGGAUCCGGAGGAUUACCAGGGCGAUUACAAGUGGUUCCUUGAGAACCAGUACAUCUGGGACCCCGAGAACCUCGUCAGCGAGGCCAAGGCUGCGCGCGCUGCGAAGGAGUUGAAGGAGUACUAUGACGCUCGCAAGCGCCCUGGUGACGACUUUGAUUGGUACUCCUGA